CUGUGUUUAUCUUCCGUUCUUCUUCUUCUUCCUCUGUUCAAGGUUCAAGGUUCAAGGUUGAAGGGUUCAAGUCUUCCCUGCUUUUACGUCUGUUAAACAUCUACAUCACAAUCCUGUUCAGCCCAUUUGGAAGUUGUCAUCGUCGUUAUCGUUAUAUAUAUUAACCCCAUUUCAUUUCCUUUAUCUGGGCCUUCUUCCUUCUUCCUUCCUUGCUAACUUCCUUGCUCUCCUUUCCUUUCAAUUCCUUUCUUGUUACUACUACUACUACUACUACUACUACUACUAUUACUACUAUAUAUCCAUACAUUAGCUGGAUAGGGGACCAAAAGCUGACAAGGAGUUAAGAAAAUGGUAGUGGUGGCCUCUCCUACCAGAAUUAUGGUUGGAGAAAAGAUUGGUCGAGGUGCCAUCGGCGCCGGCGUCGGCGUCUGCGGAGGCGGAGGAGGAGGACAUGUUCCGGUGGUGGAUCUCUCACGAAUGAGGACACAGGUGAGAGAGAUGAUUAUGAAAGCGUGUCAAGAAUAUGGUUUCUUCAAGGUGGUGAAUCAUGGGGUACCAAGGGACAUCAUAGCUAGGAUGGAGAAUGAAGGGUUCGACUUCUUCCGCAGACCUGUACCAGAGAAGGAGAUAGCAGGACCCGCCAAUCCUUUUGGGUAUGGUAGCAAGAACAUCGGCUUCAAUGGUGAUGUGGGUGAAGUCGAGUAUCUCCUCCUUCACACCAACCCUCUCUCUGUUUCUCAGGCCUCUAAAGCCAUUUCCUCAGACCCCUCCAAUUUCAGUUCUGUGGUGAAUGACUACAUAGAUGCAGUUAGAGAUCUUGCAUGUGAGAUACUGGAUCUAAUGGCAGAGGGAUUGAGGGUCCCAGACAAGUCAGUCUUAAGCAGCCUCAUCAGAGACGUUGAUAGUGACUCUCUCAUCAGGCUCAAUCACUAUCCAUCAUCAUCAACCAGGGAUACCAAGGAACACCGUGUCCGGGUCGGGUUUGGUGAACACUCCGACCCACAGAUACUGACACUACUGAAAUCCAAUGAAGUGGGUGGCCUUCAGAUCUCAUUGGAAGAUGGGGUAUGGGUCCCUGUACCUCCUGACCCUUCCUCUUUCUGUGUCAACGUGGGCGACCUUUUGCAGGUGUUGACAAAUGGGAGGUUUGUGAGUGUAAGGCACAGGGCCAUGACGAGUAGCAGCACAAGGAAGUCAAGGAUGUCGAUGGUGUACUUUGGGGCACCACCACUACACAAAUGUAUCUCUCCUCUACCAGAGACGAUAACAGCUGAAAGACCUAGCCUCUACAGACCCUUCACUUGGGCUGAGUUCAAGAAAGCUGCUUAUUCUCUACGCUUGGGAGACUCUCGUGUUGACCUCUUCAGGACCCAUCACCCUCACUGUGACUUGGCCGCGUCGUUGUCUCCUCCACAAUAACCCAAACCCAAAUCCCCAUUUUCAAUCUCUCUUCUUCUUUCUUGCUGUACAUAUAAUGGAUGGAUAAUGAAGAGAAGAAGGAUUAUUUAAGUGAAAUAUAUGUUUUUAUGUUGUUCCAAAUGGGGAGUUUUGUUUUUGUUCUAUGUGUCCCCCCAUUUUCUCUUGCAGGGUUGUGUUUGGUUUCAUCCCAUGGUGGUUGUAAAAUUUGUAGUGGUGUGGUGUAACUAAGAAGAUGGUAGAAGUUAAUGUAUUAGAAGAUGUUUUGGUUAA